AUGUCAAAAUGCUUGGCUCAACCGGCCAACCCAUUUAACCUGCCAUUUGGACUAGGAGGUAUACCUGAGGGACAUCACAAGGGUCUACUCACAACAGAUGCAGAGGUGAAGAAUAAGCCACCUAGUCGACAUUUCAUCCAUGGAUAUCACUUGAUCCAAGGAAAGAUGAACCAUGGAAUGGAGGACUAUAUUUUUGCUCAACGCAGGAAUCUCAAUGGUUGUGACUUAGGGUUGUAUGCAAUAUUUGAUGGUCAUUCCGGUAAUGAAGUUGCAAAAUAUUUGCAGAGCCAUCUGUUCGAAAAUAUACUGAGUCAGUCUGAUUUCUGGAAAAAUCCAGUCCAUGCUGUUAAGAAAGCAUGUAAAGAUACAGAUGAUGAGAUUUUAGAAAACAUAGCUGGUUCACGUGGAGGAUCAACUGCUGUAGCAGCAAUACUAAUUAAUGGAGUAAAGCUACUGGUAGCCAAUGUUGGUGAUUCUCGAGCUAUAUCAUGCAAAAAUGGUCUGGCAAAACAACUUACUACAGAUCAUGAACCAGAGAAGGAGAAAGACCUUGUUGAGAGCAGAGGGGGUUUUGUGUCUAAUAAACCCGGAUGUGUUCCAAGAGUGGAUGGCCAAUUAGCAAUGACACGGGCAUUUGGAGAUGGAAAACUGAAGGAACACAUUACCGCAGAACCAGAUGUGACGAUUCGGAAGAUUGAUGAAGACACUGAAUUCAUCAUUUUGGCAAGUGAUGGUCUGUGGAAGGUAAUGACAAAUCAGGAGGCUUGUGACUGUAUCAGGGAUGUCGACCAUGCGCAAAAAGCAUCUAGAAAGUUAGUUAAAGAAGCCAAAUCUCUAGGAAGCUAUGACGACAUUUCAUGCAUAGUCAUUAUGUUCUAG